AUGGCGGAUCUCCUGAAACAGGCACAGUUGCAGCAGAAGAGUGUUAAAAUUGCUCCGGGAGCAGUUGUGUGUGUGGAAAGUGAAAUUAAGGGGGACGUGACAAUAGGUCCAAGAACUGUGGUUCAUCCCAAAGCGCGGAUAUAUGCUGAAGCAGGACCAAUUAUUAUUGGCGAAGGCAAUCUAAUAGAAGAGCAGGCUUUUAUACGAAAUGGUUAUCCUGAAAAUAUUGCACCUGACUCAGAAGACGUGGAGCCUAAACCCAUGGUCAUCGGGACCAACAAUGUGUUUGAAGUUGGAUGCUAUUCUCAUGCAAUGAAGAUUGGAGACAACAAUGUAAUUGAAUCAAAAGCAUUUGUUGGCAGGAACGUAAUUCUGACCAGUGGUUGCAUCAUUGGUGCGUGCUGUCAGGUGGACACUUGUGAGGUUAUUCCGGAGAACACGGUCAUAUAUGGAUCUGACUGUCUACGCAGAGUACAAACUGAGCGUCCACAGCCACAAACUCUUCAGCUGGACUUCCUGAUGAAGAUUCUACCAAACUAUCACCAUCUUAAGAAGACCACAAAGAUCAGUUCAACUCCAAUGAAAAACUGA